UAGGCGCGGUGAUUCAUUCCCUCCUUUGCCCGGGGGCCCCCUUCCCGGCCAGACGGCGGGACAAACGGUUGGGUGUGCAGCGACUCGAACUCGUGAGCCAGAAAACAGAGCUUCUGCGCCCCAGCGACUCCAGCACACACCAUGGCGGACUCCGAGCGCCUCUCAGCUCCUGGCUGCUGGUUAGCCUGUACCAGCUUCUCUCGCACCAAAAAGGGAAUUUUCCUGUUUGCUGAGAUUAUACUGUGCCUGGUGAUUUUAAUUUGCUUCAGUGCUUCGACGUCAGCAUACUCGUCCCUGUCUGUGGUUGAGAUGAUCAUUGCUGCUGUCCUAUUUGUCUUCUACAUGUGUGACCUGCACUCCAAGAUAUCAUUCAUCAACUGGCCGUGGACUGACUUCUUCAGAGCCCUCGUGGCGGCCAUCCUCUACCUGAUCACCUCCAUUGUUGUCCUUGUAGAAGGAAAAGGCAGCUCCAGAAUUGCCGCUGGGGUACUGGGCAUAUUUGCUACCUUGCUCUUUGGCUGUGAUGCCUACUUUACCUUCCCUCUGAAGCAGCAAAGACAUACAGCAGCCCCUACUGACCCCACAGAUGGUCCGUGAUCCCCAGUCACCUGUCUCUGCUACCUGCAAAUAGCUCCUCCAUCAAAAACUUCCUCUUGCCAGAUGUGGUGGUCCGUGCCUUUAAUCCCAGCACUCAGGAGGCAGAGACGCGUGGAUCUCUGUGAGUUCGAGGCCAGCCAGAGCUACACAGUGAGACCUUGUUUCAGAAAAAAAAAAAAUACCUCCUCCUGUUUCUACAACACUCCCAGCCACUUCUCUGACC